GUUAACUGAACUAUAUUGUUCAUUGUAUGAUAUAUCAUGCAAUUGCAUCAUUAGAAUCAUUUCUAUCAUUAAAAGUUAUUUCUGAUAUAUAAAUCAUCUAGAUCUUUUUUCCUUAACAUUUAGUAUACUUAUAUUUGUGGUUAAAUACAAAUAAACAUGGAGUAUGCAAUAUAUGUUCUGUAAUAAAAUUUUUUAAAUCUGUAACAAUAAAAUUUUAAAAAUGUUUAAAAUUUAGAAGUUAGGUAAAAUUAACGAUUUAGGACUAAUUAAAUACUUACGUUUGUUCAUUUAUAUAAACAAUGUUCACUAUAUUUCAUUAGUACGAUAGUUUACGUAGUGAGACAUUAACCCUAAAUAAGGUUAAUGAACAGUUCUCUGAAUUCACAAAUCAGAAAAUACGAAGAGAGUCUUUUUUUCAAUAAUGAAUGAAAUACAUAAAUGUAUUAUGUAAUCAUGUAUUUUGACAUUUCAUACUUGAUAUAUACAGUUGAUUUUAUUCUGUAAAAAGUUUUGGAAACAGAGUCAUCUUUUGACAAAAUUAUUGAAUUAAAGUAAACAACCGGUUUUUUAUGUGUCCACGUUAAAUCGUUUUGCUCCUAUUUAGAAUUAGGUGUAUAUGAUUUUAAUUAUUCUACAUAUUUGCUAAUAUACGAUAUUCAUUAUGUCCACGGAUUUUUUAAAUAUUGAUGGUAAUAUAAAAAGAGUACAAAAAGAAUCUUUAACCCCAUAUAAAAUAGCAACUGUCAUUUUAAUUAAAGAAUAUUGUAAUGAAACAACUAAAGCAAUAGUUGAAAGACGUGACUUUUGUUUGGCAGCAUUAAAAUUGAUUCAAUCACCAGAUAUGGACUUGAAUGGACUUCUAAAUGUAUUAUAUUCUUCUGAAUAUGUUUUACAUCGGUUUGCGCAUCGCUUAGAAGUACAAUUAAAUGCUUUAAAAGGAGAAGGAGUUGAAGGAUUAUUAGACUUGUUUGACAGUGUUGGGCGUCUUAUGAAAUCAAUUCUGGAUCAUUCUCUUUCUUUACCUGCCUUAAAUAAAAAUUCUGUUCUUGGACUGUACAUAAGAAGAGUUAUUAUAUUCUUUGAAAAACUUCCUUUUGAUCAAGUUGUAUCACUUUAUGAAGCUUUGAAAAAAUAUUUAGAUAAAAAGGCUAACACAUCGGAAAGUUCAGAUAUUUCUACAGGCUCUAAAGCAGAAGACUUGUAUAUGAAAGAACCUAGAACAACUUGGGGUGGAAGACAAGCUGAAUUACUUGUUGCGCAACAAGCGCAUGCAUUGCAAACAGAUGAACAUAAAGCGAUGCCUCCUGCACAGUUGCAAGCCCUUGUACGAGAACUAUUAAAUUGUAGUCCUUACUAUGCUGAAGCUCAUUAUUUAAGUUAUUUAAACUGCUUACGAGUAAAUGAAUACUGUGGAGCUAUAGAUAGCCUUUAUCAUUGCUUCGAUAGAUUAGCAUCUUUGGAAAAUCGUUCUGCACCUGAAGAUCGUUCUCGUAUUUAUAGAUAUGCGGCUUUAAAUUUAGCAGUUUUACAUGCUCAAUUCAACCAUAAAGAAGUAGCGCAAGCUGCUUUAAAAGAGGCUAUUACGAUUGCACAAGAAGCAGGAGAUAAUGUCUGUUUGCAGUUGGCACAUGCUUGGAUGUAUCAUCUUACUACUGAGCAGAAGGGACUACUUAUAGAAAGAUCAGUUGGUAAAGCAAGCAUGUUAGGAAUAACUCACACUACUGGUUUGGGUCUUAUUGCAUAUGCCCAUAAUUCUGCUUUAGAAGCUAAAAAUCCAUCACAAGUGUUUGAGACUCUCAUGAAAUCUGACGUUCUAAAUUGUCAACAUUCUAUGCUCGAUUUAAUGUCAAUGACAUAUGCUGAGAAAUCUGCAUUAUGGGCAUAUUAUGGUAAAACCGAAAUGUCUUCAGUUUCUGCACAGUUACUUCUUUUACACAAUACAGGGGAUAAGAAACAGUAUAUGUUCAACGGACCAUCUACUUGUCAGGCUGUUGUUACUGUUGCAAAUAUUUUAGUAGAAUUUGGUGAAUAUUCUUUAGUUGAUAUAGUGCUUGCUCAUGCCAAGGAAAGAUUUCCUAAUGCACCUUGCAAUAAGAUAUGGAUGCUAAGCGAACAACUUUACAUAUUUACGCAGUUAAUAAGACAUGAGAAAUGGAGCGAGGCUGCAACAAUAGCAAUGAAUAUUUCGAGCUUAGAUCCUUUGGAAAGUAAAUUCAGGUUAGCGGAAGUUUGUUUAGGAAAGGGAGAUUAUCUGAAAGGCGUAGAUUAUAUCAAUAGUAUCGAAGAAUGUGAACAAAUAACAUUACAAAAUAAAAUAAGAGCUAUGCUAUUGUUGAGUCAAAUAAUGUAUGCAUCAGAUUCACCGGAAAACGGAAUGGCUGGAGUUAAUUCUUUAGUGCUUCUUAAUACAGCAUUAGAAUUGGCUGUACAAAAUCAUUUAUCUUAUUACGAAGCUUUAAUUAAAAUGCACCUUUCAAAUACUCAGUUGAUAAUGGGCAUGCCAACGUUAGCGUUGAAUUUAGUGGAAGAAGUUAUUACUCAAAUUUUGGCUCAUGCUGGGUACUAUGAUCAGGGCAGAGCGUUCGUUUUAUACGCGAAAUGCUUAGUUGCUACAGCUCCUGUUUGCGGCAAUGCACGGAAGGAAGUUAUUUUGAAGGCUAUUAAAGCACUCGCCAAAGCGAAAGAUUGUUUUGCGAAAGUUGAAGCUUAUGGAAAGCUUCGAGCUACGUUGUGUCUGGAAUCGUUGUUAUAUCACGAGAUAGAUCUCAAAACUGAAAGAAAUCAAUGUGCUUUUGAGUUUCGUCAGUUGGACGAACAAUUUUUUACAAAGUUAAAUAAUCUGUCUUUAUAUUAAAAGGAAAGAAAUUGUAAAAAAUAUGUCUACAAUACUUUUUGUAAUAUCAUUUUGUAUUUUGAAAUCUAAUAAUGUAAAAUACAAUAUUUUUUUUUAAAUCUUGCCGCUUUACAUAGAGCAAUUUAAUAUAAAUGAAAUGUAAACAAUACUUACGUUAUAAACUGUUGAAAUUAAUCAUAGACGUAUUCUAAUCAUACUUUCUUCUAAAUAUUCAACCCAUGUACUUCAACUACUACAUAGUAAUCAUUUUGAACAUCUAAAUAAAAUUAAAUUUAACAAUCAGCCUUGCUAUUAAGAAAAUAUUUAAAAUAUUAAGUACUUGAGGUAUUUCCGAAUUUAAUACAGCGUAUGCUGAAAAGGGAAGUGUUCAAGGGUUAAGUAAGAAGAAAAACUAAAAUGACAAGUAUACAAUAGAAACAUUUAUUCAUAGAAUCCGCUGCGAAGGUACAACGGAAUUUUUGAUAUUCUAAAGUUCCUUACCCACUCCUCAUAUAGGAGUUAGGUGUAAUCCAUACGAAUUGGCUUCAUCGAUUAUUCCUGUUUCGCGGUAGUAAUCCAAUUUUUAAUUCUUUUUGAAGAUUUAAUUCGCAUGGAUCAUGUAAUAAGUGCACACAAGACACAGAUAGGUGAACGGCGACACACAGAAAUCGUGGGAUUGCAGUUUGCUUCGGAAAAUACAAGAAACACUGAACGGAACUCACGGUGAACCCCAAUAAUUUCUGAUGACUCGUCGAAAGUUUUAGAUGAUACUUUGUUGAGGAGAAUGUGGGUGCGUACAAGUGAUAGAUUACACCCGAUAUUACGAUUUGAGAAAUACGCACGUAUGCUUGAUUACAUUAGUGAUGUUUGUUUCCUGUGAGCAACUUGUACCCUAUCAGAGGGCUAUCUAAGUACACUGUGAAUAACGUUUCCUCUUUCACACAUUCGAGAUUUGUUUUUUCUCAUAUGGAAAUGAUAAUAGAUAAUUAAUAAGUGCUCGUCAUUUUGCGUAUACACUAAAGAUCGAAUUAAUGCAAUGACUAUCUUUCAUUAGAAUCUUAUCCAUGAGUUAUUAUUAUCACUAUUUUGGGACCAAGUAUCGAUUCAAAAGUAAUUGGUUUCUUUUUGGUUUCAAGAUUAUUAUUAAAUUUAAUUACAAUUAAAUGUGACCUUCAGAAUAUAUACUUUGAGAAUAUAUUGUUUUCAGUGUUACUGUUAUUAUUGUUGUCAGUUUUAAAGCACUUUUCUUGUUGAUAUCUUUGAAAUUAGUGUCAUAAAAUUUUGGAAGUUCUAUGUUGAUCUUUGGUGUAAAAUAUAUGUGCAACUUUUGAAAUUGUAUGCAGCUU